AUGUGUGGAAAAUUGAUAGUGCAUGAUUUUGAGGAGGAACACAACCAUAUUUUACAUAUACAAGAAACAACUCAUAUGUUGUCAUCUCAACAAAAACUUUCAGAAGCUCAAUGUCAGCAAAUUGAUCUAGCAGAUGAUGCUGGCUUACAACAAAGAAAAUCAUUUGAUUUGAUGAGUAAAGAAGUGGGAGGAAGAACUAACUUGGGAUAUACUCGCCUUGAUCAAAAGAACUAUCUCCGAAAAAGAAGGCAAAGGAGCUUGGUACACGGGGAAGCUGGUUAUCUUUUGCAAUACUUUCAAAGAAAGUUGGUUGAAAGUCCACCUUUCUAUCAUGCCUAUCAACUAGAUGUCGAAGAUCAAAUUACUAAUGUCUUCUGGGCAGAUGCGGGGAUGCUAAUUGAUUAUGGAUAUUUUGGUGACGUGCUUUCUCUUGAUUCAACAUAUUGCACAAAUAGUUCGCAUAGACCACUAGCAGUGUUCUCAGGAUUUAACCACCAUCGAAGAGCAGUGAUUUUUGGGGCUGCACUAUUAUAUGAUGAAACAACAGAGUCAUAUAAGUGGCUUUUUAAAACAUUUCUGGAGGCACACAAACAAAAAAGACCCCAAACAAUUUUUACUGAUCAAGACCAAGCAAUGGCAAAAGCACUAGUUGAGGUUAUUCCUGAAACUUACCAUGGCUUAUGUACAUGGCACUUGAUGCAGAAUGGCAUCAAGCACUUAGGCAAUUUAAUGAAGGGGGAAUCACAUUUUCUUAGUGACUUUAAGAAAUGCAUGUAUGGCUAUGAUGAUGAAGAACAAUUUGAGGAAGGUUGGAGAAACCUCCUUGAAAAGUUUGAUGUUAAGGAAAACACUUGGUUGCAAAGAGUGUAUUCUGUGAGGGAAAAAUGGGCAUCUUGUUACCUGAAGAAGGCUUUCACAUUGGGAAUGCGAAGCACCCAACUUAGUGAAAGUGUGAAUGCUGAUAUUAAAAGUUUUAUCAAUGUGAAUUUGGAUCUUAUCAAGUUUUUUAAUCGUUUUGAGGAUGUUGUAGAAGAAAAAUGGUAUAAUGAAUUGAAGUGUGAAUAUGAAGCACGUCAAAAAAUUCCAAGACUCAAGAACCCAUAUUCUGAUAUCUUGAAACAAGUGUCUGAGCUUUAUACUCCUACUAUUUUUGAGUUAUUCCAACAUGAGUAUGAGUUGUUUGAAGCAUGUUCUGUUAAGAGCAUAAAUGUAAAAGCAUCAUUAGUUGAUUGUGUUAUUGCCAUGGUAAAGGAUUUGGGAGAAUGGAAAGUGUCAUUUGAUUUGGAUAAAAAGAUAAUUCAUUGCUCUUGUUGUAAAUUUGAGACAUUUGGCAUACUUUGUUGUCAUUGUCUAAGAGUCUUUAUUCAUAUGGAUGUUAAAUCAGUGCCUGAGCAAUAUAUCCUGAAAAGGUGGACAAAGUUAGCAAGAAGUGUGUCUUUACCUAAUGUUAGUGUUCGUCAUGUAGUAGAAGAUGCUCAAUUGACUUCAACACAACGUCGUAGAGACAUUUGUCCCCGUCUUAUGAAGAUAGUUGAUGAAGCAUGUAGGAGUCAAGAAACAUACACGUUGUUGAGCAAAGUUACUGAUUUAUUGGACAAGGAAAUGUUAAAGUUUCAAAAUAAACAAGUAAGUAAUACUCAAGUUAAUGAGUUCCUUAGUAAUGUUAUAGAUAUUGCAAGAAACAAUGAUGGUUCAAUACAAGUAAAGGGGUUCAAGAAAAAAGAAGGUAGAAAAGGUUCAAAGCGUUUGAAAGGUUGGGUAGAACGCCAACUUAGUAAACGAAAGAAAAAGGGUGACUCAAGUGCUUCACAAGAUCAAGAUCUUACUAAGAAUAAUGAGAGUAAACAAGGUUCAAAAUUUGUGAAGGAGAGGAUAGAGUACAAUUUAGAAAUGCCUAAUAUAAGUGCAUCCACGUGGCUUAAUGAUGCAUACAAACAACAACAAUCUAUGGAAAUCAAUGAUAUUUCAAGUCAAGUUAGUGUUACUAGUUUUACUAGUUUAUUGAUGGCACCACUUGAUAGGGAUAUCACAACUUUGACCAAUUCAUAG